AUGUUCAUAAUGGCCCUUUUCUCACCCGUCUUCACUGUGUCGACUCAGACUGUAAAGGUGACACAAACUACGGUUCAGGGCACACAAACAGACAUCUGGCCCAAGCACGCAAUCGGUGCCAGAGAUGUGGCUUCAACUGCUAACUUCACAAGCCUCCCGAUGUUCUGCACGUAUGCUCCUUUGGACAGCAGUAUUGAGACUGUUACAGAUCCAACGGAUUGGGCGUCAAGCAAAGAGUUGCACGCCAAGUCAAGCCAGCCCGAAACCACCAACCAGCGAUCGCAGACUGCGAAACAGCCCACUUCAGAUGUGGCCGUCCAAACUACAGGGCAAAUUACUUGGCCAACUUCACACUCACCGUCGCGGCUCUCUGGUUCUGAAAAUUCGUCGGUGCAGUUUAAUCACACUUCGAAGGCCGCAGCUGACGUUUUCGACCCAAUGCGAGCGCCUGAGGACCUCUCCGGAGCUGACAUCAGUAGUAUCAUUCGGUUGCUCAAGUGCCAAGCAAGUGAGGCCAAGUCACAGGUCACUGUCCUGUCAGCAGAGAACAAGGAACUUGUGGAUCAGCUAAAAGAACUGACAACUGACUUCGAUCAUUCCGUUGCUUUCCUCGAGGAAUAUGAACAUCGAAACACUUAUCUUGAAAAAGAAAAUCGUACCCUACUUUUACAAAUGCGUUCCCUUCUUUCGCAAAACCAAAACGUUCUAACGGAUGCCCUUGAGAAGAAUGAAUUUCACUACAGGGAGAAGCUGGCACUGCAUGAUGAAUUAGCGAUGCUGAAAAGGCACAAGGAACGUCUGGAAGAAAAGAUCUUCGAACAAUAUAAGAUGCUACCCUCCCUUAAAAAGUGA